AUGAGUGCGUUUGUGAUGUCCCUGGCCGUUAUCCUGUUGGCGAUCGCCCCAGUACGGCCAGUUACUUUCAAGAUUGCAAAUCAAGCCAACCUGACUAUUGGCAACUUUUUCGACUUCACGGCGCUAUUUGGCAUCGAUUACGGUGCGCCUAGGUUGCGUAAACGCUACGAUUACGUUGUGGUUGGGUCCGGCCCUGCCGGAAGUGUCCUUGCGGCUCGCCUUACUGAAGAUCCGAACGUGUCGGUGCUCCUGCUGGAGGCUGGUCGCGCAGAGAUACCAAACGUAUCGAACAUCCCCCUUGCGGCACCUUAUCUUCAGUCGACGGAUUAUAACUUCGCGUAUGAGACUGAACCUCAGACGCGUGGCUGUCAAGGAUUGCGUGAUCGUCGGUGUAGUUGGCCACACGGACGCGGCAUCGGAGGAUCUUCCAUCAUCAACUACAUGAUCUACACGCGUGGAAAUCGUCGGGACUACGACGAAUGGGCGGCGGCUGGCAAUCCCGGAUGGAGCUGGGACGAGAUGCUGCCGUAUCACAUCCGGGCUGAGAAGGCCAAUCUGCGUGAUUUCGGAGACAAUGGAUUCCACGGUCAUAACGGGCCACUUUCAGUCGAGGACUGCCCUUUCAGAUCCAAGAUAGCCACGACGUUCGUCGAAAGCGCGCAACAGGCCGGCUUUCCUUACAUCGACUAUAACUCCGGUGAUCAGCUCGGGGUUUCGUUCCUGCAGGCCAAUACUCUGCAAGGCCGGCGAGUUACUAGCGGCAUUGCGUAUCUUCAUCCCAUUUUACAACGACCCAACCUCCACAUUCUCAGCCGAUCCUGGGUGACCAAGGUGUUGAUAAACAAAGAGACACGUGAAGCUACCGGUGUUCGGUUCGUUCGCGAUCGCAGGAAGUAUACAGUAAAGGCGCGAAAGGAGGUGAUCUUGUCGGCGGGUGCCUUCGAGAGUGCUAAGCUGCUUAUGCUCUCCGGUAUUGGACCUGCGGCACAUCUAGAAUCGUUGGGUAUACCCGUGCUGCAGGAUCUCCCCGUGGGUGAGCAGUUGUACGAGCAUCCGGGGGUAUUCGGACCAGUUUAUAUUGUACGCAAACCCAUCGAUAACUACAUCAACUUGGAGGACCAUCUUCUACCGAACACGUUUCUGCAGUAUCUAAAGGGACGUGGCGUGCUGACUACCAACUCUGUCGAAAGCCUGAUGUACGUGAAGUCUCCAGUGGCUGCGAGCCCAGAUCCUGGUCUGCCAGACGUCGAGAUCAUGCAGGCAUUCUCAUCGAUCGACUUUGACUCUAGCCCUGGCAUACGGUGGGCUUUUCGACUCUCAGACGAAACCUACAACGCAUACUUCCGGCCAAUUGAAAAAGAACGCUCGUUUCAGUACCUACCGAUGUUGCUAAAACCGCACACGCGAGGUAAACUACGUCUUAAGUCGCGUAAUCCCUUCCAACACCCGCAGUUUAAGUAUCAGUAUUUUGAGGACGAUCGGGACAUCGAAGCGAUGGUUUAUGGUAUAGAAGAGGCGAUCCGCGUUACGUCCCAAGAACCCUUUCGCCGGAUUGGUGUUGAGUUGUACAGCAAGCACGCUCCUGGUUGUGAGGAGUACACUUUUAACACGCACGAGUACUGGCGAUGCCAUGUGACGGUGCUAACGGGCACUUUCCAUCACCAGGUCUCUACCUGCAAGAUGGGUCCACCUACCGAUCCUGAAGCGGUCGUCGACCAUAAGCUGCGGGUGUACGGUAUACGCAGACUGCGUGUCGCCGACAUCGGCAUCGUACCAUUCCCACUGGCAGCUCACACAUCUGCCGUGUCAUUCGCGAUAGGAGAGAAGGCGGCAGAUCUUGUGCGUGACGCAGCAAAGAAGCAGGACUUUGUGAUGCCCGAGAAACGACCAAAAUCGCUGACUGUCGAACCCAUCGGGAGAUCGAUCUUCCGAUCUUCGUUCGACUGGCUGUUCAAAUGA